CAGCACGUUUCGAUAAAUAAACAAGGCACAACCAUCAGAUUCAUGACAUGGAAAAUAUCUCACACCCUGGAACCCCUACGCGCGUAGUUUCGUUUUCUGCCACGCUUGUCGACCCGGCAUGAGCUCUUCUGAUACUUCUGAACUUACAACCAAUUACGAUGAAGUGGUUGACAGCUUUGAAAAAUUGAAUUUGAAGAAUGAUUUGCUCCGAGGAAUUUAUGGUUACGGUUACGAGAAGCCUUCUGCUAUUCAACAACGAGCUAUCAAACCAUGUAUUGAGGGACGCGAUGUUAUCGCGCAAGCGCAAUCAGGAACGGGCAAAACUGCCACCUUCGCUAUCAGUCUCUUGCAAAGAGCCGACUUGACGUCUAACUCAUGUCAGGCACUCAUUCUUGCCCCCACUCGGGAACUUGCACGGCAGCUAAAAGUGGUCGUUGAGCGCAUCGGCACAUACAUGAAUGUUCGAUGUUACACUUGUAUUGGUGGCACGAAUGCUCAGGAGGAUAUCCGUUCUCUUAGCUCCGGUCAACAUGUGGUCGUGGGGACUCCUGGUCGUGUUUUGGACAUGAUGAAGCGCGGUGUUCUUACAACCGCAAGCAUAAAGAUAUUUGUACUCGACGAAGCGGACGAGAUGCUUUCUCGGGGCUUUGCUGACCAAAUCAAAGAAAUUUAUCGAUUUCUCCCGGAAGAUGCUCAGAUUAUGCUGUUGUCUGCCACAAUGCCGAAAGAUAUGCUUGAAGUGACCAGAAAAAUUAUGAAAGACCCCGCAGUCAUCUUGGUUAAGAAAGAAGAGUUGACUCUCGAUGGUAUCAAACAAUUUUACAUCAACGUUGUGGAAGAGAAGUACAAAUUUGACACUUUGAUGGACCUGUAUCGCAUAAUGAACUUAAGCCAAGUGGUUAUUUUUGUCAACACGGUGCAAAAAUCACGGCAUUUGUACAAUGAGCUCAUCAGCCGAAAAUUUCAUGUAUCCUGCAUCAAUAGUGACAUGGAUCAAGAGGAACGAGAUCGUGUCAUGGCAGACUAUCGUAGCGGAAAGUCCCGCAUUCUAUUGUCAACGGACAUAGUCGCACGUGGCAUCGACGUGCAGCAAGUAUCAUUGGUGCUGAACUACGAUUUACCGAGCAAUCGGGAAACCUACAUUCAUAGAAUCGGUCGUGGUGGUCGCUUUGGUCGUAAGGGGACAGCGAUCAACUUCAUCACUGAGUCUGAAAAGGAGUUUUUAGGUGAUCUUAUGCGAUACUACAAUUGCGCAAUUACGGAAUUACCUGAAGAGAUUGCCGACUUCCUGUAACUAUCGCCUCCUGAUUGCUCGUUUUGCAUCGUCACCACUUUCAUCAUGUUCCGGUUACCUCUAACUAUCAUCGGAACUCGUCUUAUGUACCGCUACCCACUUAUUCUCUGUGUUCUGUUCUAUUUUUUCACGUGGGCUAAUCGAACAGGCCUCCCUUUGCAUCCUUUUCUUCUUUUUCCCUCUCUCUGCAUCUCCUUCCCAUCAGGCACUACGGUGCCAACAUUGAUUGUUGAUGUUAGGACAAUGUGCGUGCCUAUCAGCACUUCCCACAAAUACGCCCAGUUCCGAUAUUUAAAUUUUCAGAUGCAUCGGGUCUUUUCCAGGACUUGCUUCCUCCUUUUCGGAUUCUUUCACGUCGUAGUUUUCUUGGAUGCUGCAGAUAGUCUCACUCCGGGUGUUUGUAUUUUUUUAACUCUAGGUCAUUUACGGAAACACUCAAUCAACAUUCAUGCACAUCUCUGGUCUCAUCUGGCCCUUUCAUAUCGUACUCACGUCUAGCAACCUGCCUUUCGAGCAGUACGGCUUACCUCGGCAAUCGGAGCAUUCGAUUUGUAUACCUUCACAAUUUUAAACGCGGUAGUUGAGCUAGAUUGCUUGCUCUAAGGCUAUCUGUCGGACAUUACGCAUUACUUUGCUAAAUUCCUACUUUUCGAAGGUACCGAACAUGUCCAUCACGUACCGGAGAACUUAUCGGUUUUAG